AUGGAUAUCCAAAUUCUCUCUGACCUGCACUUGGGGUCUCCCUCAGGCUAUGAUAUCUUCACUAUUCCGCCAAAAGCCCCCCAUCUCGCUUUGCUAGGUGACAUAGGCAAUGUGCGCGACAAAGGAUUCUUUCCCUUCAUCGAAGCUCAAUUGAGGCGAUUUCGAACCGUCUUCUUCCUCCUGGGCAACCACGAGCCAUACCAUUCCACAUGGGCAGAGUCGAGAAAGCAGGUCACCAACUUUGCACAGCAGAUCAGCCAGCGCAAAUCAGAGGGGCUCGGAACGUUUGUGUUCCUAGACCGUACGAGAUACGAUGUAUCCGCUGAUAUAACAGUGCUGGGAUGCGCACUAUAUUCGCAUGUCCCUACACAACAUGAAGCAGCAGUUAGCAUGGGACUGAAUGACUUCUUUCGAAUCGACGAUUGGUCAGUACCGGAGCAUAAUGAUGCUCACGCAGGGGAUCUGGCAUGGUUAAACGAGCAGGUUACUUCCAUCACUUCUUCAGAGCCAGGAAGAAAAAUCGUCAUUUUCACCCAUCAUAGCCCACUUGCUGGGGAUGCAAGGGCUGCUGAUCCUAUGCAUAUAGGAAGCCCUAUCAGCACGGGGUUUGCAACUGAUUUGACUGGCGAAGAAUGCUGGAAGAGUCCAAAUGUAUGUCUAUGGGCCUUUGGACACACGCAUUUUAAUUGUGACUUUACCGUCGAGUUAGAGGGUUCAAGGAGGAGGAUUGUGACCAACCAACGCGGAUAUUACUUUAAGCAAGCAGAAAAUUUCAACAUUGAGACGGUGACAAGUGUUUAG